GUUUUUUUCCUUUUGUCCCUCACUUUCCUCUUAAAUCCCUUCAUUAGCUAGAUGCUACUGGCUAUUGCCCCCAACAAAGCAAAGAAAUGUCAACUUUUAUCAGGGUUGCUAAGAGAAUUGCUGGGACAAGGGGAGUGUAGACACCCCAGAGCCUUUUGUACCAUCUCUACAUUCCCCUCCCUACUGCUUCCCAAUGUCCUGCCUAUUUAUGCUUCAGUAUCACCCCAUAAAUGCUGUGGUACACACUCUUCACUUUUGCUGAGUGAACCUCUCAAUUUUUUUUUUUAAACGUUUCAAUUUUCAGCUGUGUUAUAAUCCUCCUGUGCUACAAGGAAACAUGCAAUUUAGAAGAAAAUCUUUUCACACUCCAAGUCUAUAUAUAUACUAUUAAAGGAAAGGAAGAGAUAUUUGAUGCUCUAAUGUCUAAAAAUCCCAUAUUACAACCAUUUCUAUAUUCAGGAGUAACGAGAUUACAAGUCAGCAUAGUGAGUAUGUAUUUGAAGUUUAAGGUUUAGCUGUGAAGGCAGGGGGGAAAAUCUGCUCUUUCACUACUGGUUGGACACUUCAUGCUCACCAGUGUCCUCUUUUGAGGGCUGAUUUCCUUGGAAAAUCACUAACAAAGUCCCUGAAAAACUGCCCUCAUCUGUCAUCACUUUAUCACCUGCCUUUCUGUUGGAGACUCUUCCCUCAGCAGAGAAAUUAGCUUAGGAAAGCAAAGUUUGAACUGUGAAUUCCUGUUAUUUCAAAACACCCCAUGUGACAGGAUAUUUCCUUAUCAUUUAGAGCACAGAGAUUUCCCCUGAUCCAUCAGCCCUUCACAAGUGCUGAGGACCUGCUACCUGGCUCGCUUCAGAAAUAUCCUCAUGAUAGAAACUGAUUACAGUUCUUCACCUUUUAUUUUUGUGGUGGGGAAGAAAAUAAUCAAACAUUUGUGAUGACUCUCUCCCUGCUCCUGGUUUUUCUCUCUCUCAUUCAGAGUGCCUUUCAGCUGCUUGAUACCAAACUGUUUUUAAUAUAUAAUGAAGACCACAAGCGCUGUGUACAAGUUCUGAGUUCUAGUUCAGUUACAACUGCGAAUUGCAACCAGGACAAUGAGUCUCAAAAAUUCAGGUGGGUCUCUGAUCACCAGCUGAUGAGCGUAGCACUGAAGUUAUGCUUAGGAGUGCCGUCAAAGAAAGACUGGGUUCCAAUCACUUUGUAUCCGUGUGAUAAGGCAAGUGAACUCCAAAAAUGGGAAUGCAGAAAUGAGACCCUUUUUGCAAUCCAAGGUGAAGAUUUAUUUUUCAACUAUGGCAACAAACAGGAAAAGAAUAUUAUGCUCUACAAGGGAUCAGGACUAUGGAGUAAGUGGAAGAUCUAUGGAACCACAGAUGAUUUGUGCUCCCGAUUCUAUGAAGGUAUGUUUACCUUGCUAGGAAAUGCCAAUGGAGCACCCUGCGUAUUCCCAUUCAAGUUUGAUAGAAAAUGGUAUGCUGAGUGUACAGAUGCUGGCAGGUCAGAUGGCUGGCUCUGGUGUGGGACAACUGACAACUUUGAUGCAGACAAAAAAUAUGGAUUUUGUCCGCUGAAAUUUAAAGGCAUUGACACACUGUGGUAUACAGAUCCAUUGACAGGAGUCUACUACCAGAUAAACUCCCAAUCAGCCCUAAUGUGGCACCAGGCAAGGAAAAGCUGUCAGCAACAGAAUGCAGAAUUAUUAAGUAUCACAGAGUUGCAUGAGCAAACAUACCUGGCAGGAUUAACUAGGACUUUGAGUUCUUCUCUCUGGUUUGGUCUUAACAGUUUGAAUUUCAACAGUGGAUGGCAAUGGAGUGGUGGUAGCCCUUUCAGAUACUUAAACUGGGUUCCAGGAAGUCCUGCCCCAGAGCCUGGGAAAAUCUGUGCAGCUUUGAAUCCUGGAAAAGGUGCUAAAUGGGAAAACCGGGAAUGUGAUCAGAAACUUGGCUACAUUUGUAAAAGAGGAAAUGCCACUUUAGAGUCUUUCAUUAUUCCUUCAGAGACUAAUGUGCCUAUUAAAUGCCCUGCUCAGUGGAUGGCAUAUGCAGGUCAUUGUUACAUAAUUCAAAGAGACACCAAAAUAUGGAAAGAUGCCUUAACUUCGUGUAGAAAGGAGGAUGGUGAUCUGGCUAGUAUCCACAAUGUUGAAGAGUACAGCUUUAUUGUCUCGCAGCUUGGGUACAAGCCAGCGGAUGAGCUGUGGAUUGGACUGAAUGAUCGUAAAGUUCAGAUGUAUUUUGAAUGGAGUGAUGGGACUCCUGUGACAUACACCAAGUGGCUACGUGGCGAACCAACCCAUGCGAACAACAGGCAAGAAGAUUGUGUUGUCAUGAAAGGACAGGAUGGAUACUGGGCAGAUCAUGCUUGUGAAAAGAAACUUGCAUACAUCUGUAAAAGGAAACCUUUGGCAGAAGCUAGUGGGGAAGAGGAGAUCAUUGAUCCAGGCUGUCAAAGAGGAUGGAAAAGACAUGGCUUUCAUUGUUACAUGAUUGCAAGUACGUUUGCAUCAUUUUAUGAAGCAAAUCAAACGUGUGGAAGGAACCAGGCUUACCUAGCUACUGUUGAAAACAGAUAUGAACAAGCUUUUCUAACUAGUCUGACAGGGCUGAGGCCUGAAAAAUAUUUUUGGAUCGGUCUUUCAAAUAUACAAGAAAAGGGGACUUUCAAGUGGACCAAUGAUGAAGCAGUCUUAUUCACACACUGGAAUUCAGAAAUGCCAGGACGAAAGUCAGGCUGUGUUGCCAUGAGGACUGGACUUGCCGGGGGAUUAUGGGAUGUUGUGAAAUGUGAGGAAAAGGCAAAAUUUCUCUGCAAACAGUGGGCUGAGGGAGUUACACGUCCACCUAUUCCAACAACGACUCCUGCCCCCACAUGCCCGGAAGGAUGGGAUUCAAACAAUCGUAUUAGUUUCUGCUUCAAACCUUUUUCAAGAGAACAAAAGAAAACAUGGUUGGAAUCUCAAGAUUUUUGUAGAGCUGUAGGAGGAGAUCUGGCCACCAUUAAUGGUAAAGAAGAACAAUAUGUUAUUUGGCGUUCUGUAGUGAAAAAUGGAUACUAUCAUCAGAAAUUCUGGAUAGGUUUAUACUAUUUGAAUCCUGAUGAUGGAUUUGCUUGGAGUGAUGGGUCUCCAAUGAUAUAUACAAACUGGGCCUAUGGAGAACCCAAUAAUUAUCAAGGAAUGGAACUUUGUGGAGAACUCAGUGGAGAUUCCAGCAUGUUAUGGAAUGACAGGCACUGUGACUAUGUAUAUGACUGGAUCUGUGAAAUAAAGAAAGGAGCAAAAGUAAAACCUGAACCAACGGAGCCUCCUAGUCCCAAAUAUAAAGUCACAGAUGAUGGAUGGAUUAUACAAGAAGACAAGCAGUAUUAUUUCAGCACAGAAAGUGUUCCCAUGGAAAAAGGCAGGGAGUUUUGCAAGAAGAAUUUUGGAGAUCUUGUUGUCAUCGAGGGUGACAGUGAAAGAAAGAUGCUGUGGAGAUAUAUCUUGAAAAAUGGCAAAGAAGAUGCAUAUUUCAUUGGUUUAGAACUGAGUUUGGAUAAACAGGUUAGCUGGAUGGAUGGAACCCCUGUGAAUUUCUUAGCAUGGGCAGCACAUGAACCCAACUUUGCAAACAAUGAUGAAAACUGUGUAGUCAUGUAUAAAAACUUAGGAUUAUGGAAUGAUAUAAACUGUGGUUAUCCAAAUCCUUAUAUAUGUGAAAGGCACAACAGUUCCAUUAAUGCAACACUUUCUCCUACAACAUCUUCACCGCCAGGAGGAUGUCCGGAAACUUGGCUUUUGUUUCAAAAUAAGUGUUACAAAAUGUUUGGCUCAAAUGAAGAUGAGCGGCUGUCGUGGCAUGCUGCACGAACAGCUUGUAUGAAUUUAGGCGGAAAUCUAGUUACCAUCCCAAAUGAACAAGUGCAAGCCUUUCUCACCUUCCAUUUAAAGGAUUCUGUGGUUGAUGCUUGGAUUGGAUUAAAUGAUAUAAACCAUGAACUCAAGUACCUUUGGACAGAUGGAAGUGGAGUCUACUUUACAAAUUGGGGCAAAGGUUUCCCAUCUGGACAACUGGCAUUAUAUUCAUAUGAUAGCCAGGCUGACUGCGUCUUUAUGAAAAAUAGUCCUGUUAAGGAGGCAGGGAAAUGGGUUGAUGAAAGCUGUGGCAACAACAAAGGCUAUGUUUGCCAAAUUAACAAAGACUCCAAGUUGUACCAUUCAUCAACAGCAGUCCCCACAAACUUUAUCCGUUAUGGUAACAGUAGUUAUUUGUUCAUCCAUUCCAAAAUGAAAUGGGAAGAUGCAAGGAGAAAAUGCAUACAUGAGUCCUCUGACCUUGCCAGCAUCUUAGAUCCCUACAGCCACUCAUUCCUAUGGCUGCGAAUGUUAAAGUAUGGGGAGCCUGUAUGGAUUGGUCUGAACAGCAAUCUGACUGAUGGACAUUAUGAAUGGAUUGAUAACUGGAGGUUGAAGUAUACUAAGUGGGCCAAAGGAGAGCCGAAACAGAAAAUAGGCUGUGUUUAUUUGGACCUUGAAGGAACCUGGAAGACAGCAUCCUGUGAUGAAAACUACUACUCUAUCUGUAAAUGGUCAGAUGUUAAAGCCCCCACGGAUCCUCCCCAGCUCCCCGGAAAGUGCCCGGAGACAGAACACAGAUCAUGGAUCCCUUUCCGUGGUCACUGCUACUUCAUUGAGUCUUCAUCUACGAGAAACUGGGCCCAGGCCUCCUUAGAAUGUCUUCGAUUAGGUGCCUCUUUGGUUUCGGUAGAAGAUUUGGCUGAAGCCAACUUUCUGGCACACAACAUAGAGCCACUUGAAGAAAAAUCAUCAACUUUUUGGACAGGAAUGUACAGAAAUGUGGAUGGACAGUGGUUGUGGCUAGACAACACUGCAGUGGAUUUUGUCAACUGGAAUGUCGGAGAACCCUCAAGUCAACAAAAUGAGCACUGUGUUGAAAUGUAUGCAAACUCUGGGUACUGGAAUAAUAUUUAUUGUUCUUCCUACAAAGGAUAUGUUUGUAAAAAACCAAAAACUGUUGAUGUGCAAUCAACUGAGAAGCCCCCAGACAAGAAAGCAGUGAAAAAGGAGGAGAAGAUUCCUGAACCUAGUCACAGCAAAACUGGGAUUGUAAUUAUUGUGGUGAUCCUUAUCCUAGCAGGAGUUGGCCUUGCAGGCUAUUUCUUCUACAGGAAAAGAAAGAACCACAUGUCAACAAAUGACAGCUUUGAGAACAACCUGUAUUUUAAUACUGACGCAGUUCCUGGAACUAGUGACACAAAGGAUCUUGUGGCCAACAUUGAGCGAAAUGAACAUGCUACUCUCUAGUCUGAUAAAUUAAAGAUGGGCCUUGUUUUAAUAAAAUUAUGCAACUGGGUUACCUGAAGGUUUAGGACAAAGCUAUUUUCUCCUGUGCAAACCCUGUAGCAGUCACUUUUUCAGUGUCUGCAUAUUUUUUUUACGUACUAGCAGCAGCAAUUACUUCAUUUCAUAAUCAUUCUAUAGUUGUAUAAGAUUCCAGAACUACUUUAACAAGAGCAUUUCUUAUGAAAAAUAUAGCGCUGACUAAUUAUGAAAUGGAACAAAUGGAUACACUUAAAAGAAUGAAAAUGAAACACAAGCCACUGUGAAUAAGCCUUCAAAGCAUUUGUUUCUUCACCAUGCCUGCAUCACCCUCAUGAGUGUCGGGCUUCACAUCAAUGCAGUCUCUCCAAACUGCUCAGCAAGCACUUGUCUCAUUCUGUUAAUAAUGCACAUAUUCCUGGAAACCUCACUACAAGGGUUUGGCACUGGGUAGCUGAUGGCACUGUAUUUGAAUACAUCCCAUUUAAAAAAAUGCUCUAUAUGGCAUAAUUUCAGUUCCUGUAAUCUCAGACAAUAUACAGAGCCAAAUACGCAGUUCCCCUCCAUCUCACAUCCACUCAGGGGCUACCCAUAAUCGGAGUGCAGGCCUCUGGAGUCCAAGCAAUGUGACUGGCAGACACUACCAGCACCUCUUACUGGCCACAGAAGGGGUUUGUCUGGGUAGCAUGAUGAUGAGACCUUGGCAACACCUUUCUGCGUACCAGCAUAGGUGUCAUUGGUUGGAGGAUACUGGCUAUGCAUAUUCUAAAGAUGCAUUAGCAAUGGACAACUCUCAUGAUGCUCCUCUUGAAACACUGCCACUUAGAUACUCUUUCUCCAUAAUACAGCGUAGCCUUGUAAGAGAGAUCUUGGCCUAUACAAUGCAAUAAUUUUGCUAAUGCACCUGUCAUCCCUAUUGCUCUAGCAGAUCAGCUGUUUCUUUCUAUAAUGUUUUAAGAGUGAAAUAUUUCAGAAACUUUAGCUUCCCAAACAGUCAUUUUAUAAUCUGAUUUUUGUAUAUCUUGUAAAAUGUAAAUCAUGUGUGCAUUACAUUUUUUUUCCUCACACAGAUAUGAAUGUGUGAAAGGAAAAUUUAAAUGUUUCCUUCAUUUAUGCAUUCAACUUUAGUUCUGUGAAAUAAACAAUAACAGACUGUGACUUUUUAAUAGUUUUGCAUUUUUAGAGUACGUAACUCACUAUUCACAUUGAAACCAGUAGGAAAAAUAAAGAGUUAUUCUCUAACUAAUACUGACCUGGAGCAAUACCAGCUUGUGUUGUGAUCAAGUAAUAUUAGUGCGCAAGGCAACAGUAAAUAAGAGGCAACAUCCAGCCACCAAAGCAGAAAAAGAAAAUGGAUAUGCCAACAAUUUUUGUUUAUCUUGCGUGCAUAUUUCAUUGUGGCCUACUGGGUGGCUCCCUGAGACCUUUGGUGUUGUGUCCAGUCCUCAAAUUGUCAUAUUUCUAACAAUCUUAUUGCUUAUUUCACCUUUCCAUAGUUCUUCCCUCUUUCAGAACAAGAGAGCUCUUAGAAGUUGCAGAAAGGCCCUUUUCCAAGUAGUGUCAGGAGUCCUACAGGGAAGGAGACCUGAAGAGAGAAACCUGUACUCUAAGAAGUUAAUUUGGAGUGAGCAUUUUACUAGAGAAACAUAGGCCUCUCCUGCUAGAGCCUGAUUCAAAGCCACCUGAUGUCAAUGAGGGUCUUUUCCACUGACUUCAAUGAACUUUGGAUCAGACUCAUGGAGAGCAAGUCUACCAUGGAAAAGGUGGUACCAGCCAGAAGAGAUUUGAAAGGGAUAAUAGGAGCAGGAAAAGAAACAAGGCCAUCUUUAUUUUUAUUGUAGUAACAUCCAGAGGCCCCCAUCAAAAUCUGGGACUCAUUGUACUACCUGCUGUACUGCAACAAAGGUAGACAAGAUCUCUGUCUGAUUUGAACCAAGCCACAAAAAAUGAAAGUGUCAAUAAGAGAGAAGGAAGGAGAAGAGGAUAAGGAGGGAAUUAGCUUCUGUUUCUGAGCGCUCUGAACGUAAUCCCCACAUAGAGUGAAUUAGAAUAUACAUGGAGUUGACAAAAGGAGGGAUACGUUUAGCAAGAUUUGUAUCCAGAAAAAAUGGUUACAUGCUCCUAACCACCAGUGAAAUUCACCCCAUGCAGAGGGCCUGCAGAAGGUCUAUGAGCAUUUGUGUCCCAUCUGAGCCCUCAAGAUAGUGCUUUUAUCUGAAGUGCUGAUGAAAAAGGCAUGUUUGGCUAUAGUUACUACCGUAGUAUCAGGUUUGGGUCUAACAAUACUGAUUGUAUCAUGCCACUAUAUAAAUCAGUGGUACAUGUUGAUGUAGAAUAUUGUGUUCUGUUCUGGUCACCUCAUCUCUAAAAUGAUAUAGCAAAAAUAGAGGAGGUUCAGUGAAAAAUAAUGUAAAUCACUCCAUUUGAAGACAGAUUGAAAACUCUGGAUUGUUCUCCCUAGAGAGAGGAUGAAUGAGAGAGGUCAUGGUAAAGAUACACAAGAUGAUAAACUUUGAAGAGAAGGCAUAUCAGGAUCUUCUGUUCACACAAUCACUAUACCAGGACAAGGGGGCAUUCAAUGAAACAGCAAAUUUAAACAGGAAUACUUUUUCACACAACACCAGUGUCACAAGAUAUGAUCAAGGCUGAGAUUAGCAGGAUUCCAAAAGGGCUGGAUAUUUAUAAAGACAAAAAUAUCCAUAUUCCAUCAUUAUAAUAGUAUGUAAAAAGACGAGCUUUGGGAAGGCUAUAAACCAGUGGUGGGCAACCUGUGGCCACUUGUAUGAGCCAGCCAGCAAGAAAGGGGGAGUAGGCAAAUAAGGCCAGAACAAAGACUUGCUGCAGUGAGGGGAGAGCAGCUUGUCUUUGCAAGUUAGAAAGACAACCUUUAGCCUGCCCUGAAGGACUACAGCCAAAGGAUUGAUUUGGGAUGUAAGCACACAGCCAGCAAAGGGAGAUCAAGCACAGACAGUGCACGGUAAAGAAAAAAAUAAAAAAUUUCCCUGUGGAAGAGAAGACUGCGGGGAGGGUGUGAAGUUCUAAAGGAGAGAAAUGAAAUGGCAACCUUUGUGAGCAAUAUUAGUGAAUUUGAUGAAAACCAAAAAUCAUGGGUGGUACCUCAAACGUUUUGAGCAAUGUGUAGCUUGAAAUUCUGUUCUCGACAGACGACUUUCAACCGUGCUAACAGUGAUGGGUCCAAAGGCAUGUGUACUGCUCCACGACGUAUGGACUCCAACUGUGCCUGGAGCUCCCACAUAUGCAGCAGUUACUGCAGCAAUGCAGGGACAUUUUUCUCCUACCCCAUUGAUGACAGCAGACCAAUAUCACUGCCCUGAGAGACAUCAGGGAAGUGGAGAGUCAGUAGCACAGUUCAUUGCUGCUCUAAGGAAGUUACCAGAACAUUGAGCAAUGCCCUGCGUGACUAAUGAGUCUCUGAAUUACACAGUGACCAGAUCUGGAAAAAGUUACUGCUGUAUCAAUUCUUUCAUUCAAGAAGACUUUGAGGUAGCUAUUGCCAUGGAAACUGCAGAGAAUAAAUGGACACAAAUCUGACAUCAAGAAUUAUAACAUUCAAAAACCAGUAGAACACUUCAACCUGCCUGGACACUCAAUAACAGACUUAAAAGUGGCAAUUCUUCAACAAAAACACCUUCAGAAACAGACUCCAAUGUGAAACUGCAGAACUGGAAUUAAUUUGCAAACUGGAUACCAUCAAAUUAGGUCUGAAUAAAGACUGGGAGUGAAUGGGUCACUACAAAAACUAAUUUCCCCCUGCUGAUAUUCACACCUUCUUGUUAACUGUUUGAAAUGGGCCACCUUGAUUACACUGGCCUUAUUAGCUCUACAAAAGUGAUUUCCACUCCUUCGUGUUAGCUGUUGAGAAUAGCCCACUUCCACCUUAAUUGAAUGGGCUCAUUAGCACUGACCCCCCACUUGGUAAGGCAACUCCCGUCUUUUCAUAUGCUGUGUAUUUAUACCUCUCUACUGUAUUUUCCACUCCAUGCAAGUGGGUUUUAGCCCACGUAAGCUUAUGCCCAAAUAAAUUUGUUAGCCUCUAAGGUGCCUCAAGGACUCCUCGUUUUUGCUAAUACAGGCUAACACGGCUACCCUUCUGAAACCUGGAAUUCAGUGUGACAUAAGAAGCUCACCUCCUGAAUCAGUGAGACAGAGGACCAUGGGAAUGUAAGGAAUUUCUAUGUGGCUGUUGUGCACAAACUAUGCAUGCUGAGAAGGAUUACUUGACAGGCCAAGUCAUUUGCAGGAAGUGCCAGAAGAAAGGACACAUCACUGUGACUUGUCAUACAG